AUAAAGUGUCCAAACACAGAGAAAAACUCCUGCUGAAGCGACUGAUCUCCACACUGUUAUAAAGAUGGCGUUUAUUAAAGAGGAGAGUGAAGAUUGAAGAAACAUUCACAGUCAAACAUGAAGAUCUGCAGGAACAAACAGACCUAAUUAAAGACUAUGAGGAGAGUAAAGAGGAGGAACAGCAUGUCAAAAUUGAGGACAAAACUCAUUUAGAGACUGAUGAUAUUUUAAAAGUGAGAGACGAGAGUUGUUUUACCUGCACUCAGUGUGGAAAGAGUUUGGCAAGCAAAAGCAAACUUAAGAUUCACACGAUGAUCCACACAGGAGAGAAACCAUUCACAUGCCCUCAGUGUGGGAAGAGUUUCAGCAAAUCAUCACACCUUAAUCAACACAUGAUGAUCCACACUGGAGAGAAACCCUUCACAUGCACUCAUUGUGGGAAGAGUUUCAUCCACUCAUCACACCUUUAUCACCACAUGAUGAUCCACACUGGAGAGAAACCAUUCACAUGCAACCAGUGUGGGAAGAGUUUCAGCCAAUUAUCAUCCCUUAAUAAACACAUGAGGAUCCACACUGGAGAGAAACCCUUCACAUGCAACCAGUGUGGGAAGAGUUUCAGCCAACCAUCAUCCCUUAAUCAACACAUGAUGAUUCACACCGGAGAGAAACCAUUCACAUGUACUCAGUGUGGGAAAAGUUUCAGCAAAUCAUCACACCUUAAUCAACACAUAAUGAUCCACACUGGAGAGAAACCAUUCACAUGCCCUCAGUGUGGGAAGAGUUUCAGAAAAUCAUCACACCUUAAUCAACACAUGAUGAUCCACACUGGAGAGAAACCAUUCACAUGCACUCAUUGUGUGAAGAGUUUCAUCCACUCAUCACACCUUAAUCAACACAUGAUGAUCCACACUGGAGAGAAACCAUUCACAUGCAACCAGUGUGGGAAGAGUUUCAGCCAAUUAUCAUCCCUUAAUAAACACAUGAUGAUCCAUACUGGAGAGAAACCAUUCACAUGCAACCAGUGUGGGAAGAGUUUCAGCUUAUCAUCAACGCUUUAUAGACACAUAAAGAUCCACACCAGAGAAAAACCAUUCACCUGCACUUAGUGUGGGAAGAGUUUCAGCCAAGCAUCAUACCUUAAUAAACAUACAAAGAUCCACACUGGUAUGAGAGAGUACAUGUGCUUGGAGUGUGAGAAGACUUUUAUGACAGCUGCAGAAUUGAAACGGCACAAGAGGAUUCACACUGGAGAGUAACCCUAGACAUGAUCAGUGUGUAUAGAGUUUCACUCAUUUGGGGCAGCUUAAGAAACAAAUAGGAUGGUUUCCGGUAUGGCGUCGACACAUGUAGCAGCAUAGAAACAGCGCUCCU